AUGUACGUAAAACUGUGGGAUUUGUGCCGGCUUUGUGCGAAGUACAAGGAAGACCGUGUGGCCAUCUUUUCAAAGGAGGGUCGCGCUUUGGAAAUUCAAGGAAAAAUUCACGAAGCGUUCGGCUUACAUAUUGCACAAACGGAUCGCUUUCCACAAUGUGUUUGCAAGGAGUGUCUCCAAAAGGUCGAUAAACAUGUAAAAAUUCGCAAGCAUUUCUUGAAAAUACAUAGGAAGCUGGUUAAAUGGUCCAAAACCAAAGAUAACAAAAUGUUCAUUCGCAUAAGCAGAGUAAAAGAACCAGAAAUGGUCAACGGACCCGGUUCAAGUGUCAACUUGCAAGAACAAUCUUCGCCGGCAGCACGGCUAGAGAAUUAUAUCAGUAGUAUUCCGAUAACUAUCAUCCAAAAGACCAACGGCAACGUGACCGUUCAAAGUACCAAUGAGGACCUUCUAAGUAGCAUGGCGCAUGACGUCGGUAUUCAAACAGACGGUGGGACUAAAUCUCCGGUGGACGAACAACCGGAACAGACACCGAAACAACAACCAAUUAUAAUCAGUCAACCCCAGCUGGUCCAUGCAAAUCUGCUGUCGAAUGAGCAAUCAAAGGAACAACAACCACAACAAUCACAACUUACGCCAUGCUUGGGAAUGCAGCCACCGAUCAACACGAAAAAUGUCACGGAUUCGUUGGAAAACGGUUCACUUUUCUUACCAAAAACUCCCGAGGGUGAAACACAUUCGACCUUCAAUAAAGUGGAUGAGUUCAUUAAAGUCAUACCGGCAAAAAAGCAGAGGAUCGUCGAAAUGCUCGAUUCUUCCGAAAACCAAAGUUCUUCCGAAUCCGAGUCGGGAGCAGACACAACGAUUGAGGAGGAUUCUCCAGCAGUUUUUCGUUUCAGUCCGAUGUACGUUUACGACGACGACUCGUACGAUGAUGAAGACGACGCUACCUCCAGAGGUGUUUACACCAGCACGCCAAUGAUCGUGGAGCAGACGCCAAAAGAAAAUCAACCGAGAGAUGGACCUGCCAUCGGCGAAGCAGCAUACGGAAGCCAUGGAAAUAAUAACGGUGUUGUUAUCAGGAAGGUGGAUAUCGCUCCACCUCCUCGUUUUUUCAAUACUUUGCAACCGUCUGUACCAUCCCUCAUGUCGGACAUAACCGAGGCGCCCAAAGAUCGGCUCCAGCAGCAGCAGGAACAACCAGCGGUCGUCCAAUCAAUACCAAUAGCUAUGACGAACGUCUCUACCGGUACCACACCAAUACAUUUUCCAACGUACAUCUAUCAGCACCAAUCGGUGGACUUCAUCAACCAGCAGCAGAACGUUUCAGUUCCGGCGCAGCAGCAGCAUCAGCAGGUGCCAAUAAUAAUAGUAGAGAAAGAACCGGAUCAACCACCAGACGAGCAAAUUUUUACCUUAGCGACCGACAAAGGAUAUCUACGGCUUACAAUUCCGACGAGCGCACAAAGUCUACCGGAUCUGAAUGCCAACAUCCAGACUCUAACGUCGUCCAUCGAAGCAAAUACGGCCAAUGUUGGCGGGGGGCAAACCACCAUAAACGUCCAGGAUGAUGAGGACAUGAACAUUGAUUUGAAGUUGCAGAAUCUUAUGGCAGCGGGAUUAUCCGUGAAAGUAGUGGAACUAACUGUGGACCCAUACGCGCAUACUGCGGAGAGAAGUAAUAAUACGUUGCAGAUGAACCAAGAGAGGUCCGGGGUACCCGUGCGUAUUAUGGAACAUGACUUACAAAUGAUGGACCAACCUCCUGGUGGCUUGCACUCGGAAGUCGAGCACGAUCUGGACUCCAUCACCUGUAUCGAACCAUUUUACGUCAUUCUGUGAGCUAACAUUCGGUAACACAGUAGCUAAUAUACUAAAGCAUUAUUUUACAGAUAUAUUUUAAAAUCAUUUUCUCUUAUGACCAGUAUUUCUUGUACUUAUUUUGGCAUAAGACAAGUGCCUAAUAAUUUGUAAGCUUAAGCAAAACAAAAGUUGAAGUGCAGGGGACUUAUACUUUGUAAGCUUUUGAAAAACAAAAAUUUAAUUGUAGGAUACAAUUUCAUUAUUAUUUACAAUUUGUUAGAAAAUUGGCCCGAGUGCGUUGGGGCUCACCACUUCGACAGCUAGGGUUCGAAUCCUAACCGAGACACCAAAACGUACGAUUCAACAAGUUCUAACGGCCUUACGGUUACUCAGAGUUUAUUGCCAAUAUGCGGUUUUAGGGGCAGAAAUACAUUUGACUACUCUAUACUACAGAACAAACUAACUACAUGCUACAGUACAACUAUUUCCAUUCUCUUCUUGCAUCUUACCAAAGAGAUAAAAUAGAUUUUGAAAACUUAUGCUUCUUAGAGUAGACAGUGGAAGGGGCCAAGGAAUUGAUAGUUGUAAGGUUUGCCAUCUAAUUUAGUGAGUACAAAAAUUACGAAACAGAAUCAUAUUGAAUUUUUUAAAUUUUCGGAUACCCUCAUAAAAUAUGAUAGGUAGUUUAUGUACCAAUUUCGACGAAAUUCUGUUUAAUAAAGACAU